UUCACUGAUACAGUCAUCCUAAAGAGUAGCGUUUUUCCUAAUGUUUUUGUUAACAGAACAAUAGUUUUCGUUAUUAAUCUGCCUAUAAAAGCCAUCAAGAAAUUCCUACAUCAUUCAUUUAAUAGUCACCAGAUGCGUGACAUGUUGCUCAUCACUACAAUCGCGUGACUCCUUAAAAAAGUACAAAUCGUACUAUUUAUAGAUGUGUGCACUUGUAUAAGUAGCGCUGCAUUUAAUUCACAUACUUUUUGCUUCCGUCAACAUUGAGCAGCGGAAAUUGGCACACUCUUUUCAAGGUCAAGGACGUUUUGCGGCAGCUAAUGAACUUCCUAUUGGGGGAAAAACCUGUUCCUAUAAAUUAUACAUAUAUGUAGCCAAGUGUUUCAAAGUUUAUUCGACUUUAAAAUUUUUUUAGAAAGUCAUGAGCGGAUGGCAUCUACAUAUUUACAUAUGUAUGUAUUUUUUAAACGUGUCAGAUUAAACACGUUAGUAAAUAACCCUCUCAGCUGUUUGACUUUGAGGUUGUGUGGGUGAGCCCUCUCUCACUCUCAUUGGGGCUCUCACCAAACUUUGGGGCUCUUCUUGUUUAGCGUUCCAUAGGAUUUUAUUUUGCGAUUGCCAGCGAACGAGCUCGGACGCUUCAAUUAUCGUCGCCUUGCCCGUGGAAUAUUUUUUCGCACAAACAACAUAAUGUCAUCCGCCGCAGUUCAGCCACCCCCACCAGUUCCCCCUCCACCACCAGCGGCUGCCGCCGCCGCCGGAAAGGGUAUUCAUACCAAAUUGUACAAUGGCAUGAUUAGUGUAGCUGACAAAUUUGUGCCCGCCAAAUUGCGCCCACUGUGGAUGCAUCCAGCUGGUCCCAAAACUGUUUUCUUCUGGGCCCCCGUCUUCAAAUGGGGUCUUGUUGCAGCCGGUCUUAGCGAUUUGGCCCGUCCGGCCGACACAAUAUCCGUGUCUGGAUGCGCCGCCCUGGCCGCCACUGGCAUCAUCUGGUCGCGCUACUCGCUGGUGAUCAUACCCAAGAACUACAGCCUGUUUGCCGUGAAUCUCUUCGUGGGCAUCACGCAGGUGGUGCAGCUGGCCCGGGCCUACAACUACCAACAGAGUCAGGAGAAGCUGCAGAAACAGGAGACGCCGGCGGCGCAGAACUAGAGACAUAUCGAUUCGAAUACCGGUGCUGUCCCCUCUAUAUAUAGACUUAGAUCGAAGUGUUAUGUACAUGCAUACAAAUCCCACAACGCACAACGUAAUCGAAAGGAUUUAGGAGGUGCUGUGUUCGCAGAUCGGGCAUCUGCGUCUGUUAACCAUUAUUAUUUAUGGUCUAUCGCCUUAUCGACGUGAUUCGUAUUACUUAAGUCGUAACUGUGGAGGCUUUGUGUAUAGUUUUAUGAUUACGAAAGUUACUGGACUUUUUGGGAAUGUCAACAAAUAUAUUGAUAAUAAUAUAUUGGUUAUUGUAAGACUGUAAGAAAUAGUAAAA